ACCCACGAAUUGCAUAUAAACCCUAGCAGCACACACAUUCCGAGACCGUUGGACUUCGAAUGCGUUGCUUCUAUCCUGUCAUAUCUCCAUCAAAUCUCCGCUUCCUCUCCCGCUGCCGCCUGUUUAAUGCGUCAUCACCCAAACCUCAGGAGUCAGCGGCAACCCACGUCCUCCGACGUAACUCGCUGUCAAUGAACGUCGCCGUCAACAGAGAGGCCUUCCGACAGGCCGUCGCCAACACUCUCGAGCGCCGACUCUUCUACAUUCCUUCUUUCAAGAUCUACCGCGGCGUCGCUGGACUUUACGACUACGGACCGCCGGGAUGCGCCGUCAAGGCCAACGUCCUCGCUUUCUGGCGUCAGCAUUUUGUUCUUGAGGAGAACAUGUUGGAAGUUGACUGCCCUUGUGUAACGCCUGAAGUUGUUCUGAAGGCUUCAGGGCAUGUUGAUAAAUUUACCGACCUUAUGGUUAAGGAUGAGAAAACUGGAACAUGUUACCGAGCUGAUCAUUUGGUCAAGGAUUUCUGUAAUGAGAAGCUUCAGAAUGACAAUACCAUGACUGCAGAUAAGGCUGCAGAACUGAGACACGUGCUUGCAGUGUUGGAUGAUCUCUCUGCUGAGGAGCUUGGUGCAAGGAUCAAGGAGUAUGGCAUUACUGCACCUGAAACAAAGAGCCCGCUCUCUGAUCCUUAUCCUUUCAACUUAAUGUUUCAAACAUCAAUAGGCCCUUCUGGCUUGAUCCCUGGGUAUAUGCGCCCUGAAACAGCUCAAGGAAUAUUUGUAAAUUUUAAGGACUUGUACUAUUAUAAUGGCAGCAAGCUUCCCUUUGCUGCAGCUCAAAUCGGUCAGGCUUUCAGAAAUGAGAUAUCUCCCCGCCAAGGCCUUUUGAGAGUUCGCGAGUUCACAUUGGCAGAGAUUGAGCACUUUGUUGAUCCUGAAGACAAAUCUCACCCCAAAUAUUCUGAAGUUGUGGAUUUGGAAUUCUUGAUGUUCCCGAGGGAGGAGCAGACAUCUGGACAGUCAGCAAGGACAAUCCAACUUGGUGAAGCUGUUUCAACGGGAAUUGUCAACAAUGAGACACUUGCCUACUUCAUUGGGAGAGUAUACCUAUUCCUAACACGUCUUGGCAUAGACAAGGACAGGUUACGUUUCAGACAGCACCUUGCAAAUGAAAUGGCCCACUAUGCUGCAGAUUGUUGGGAUGCUGAGAUUGAGUGUUCUUAUGGUUGGAUUGAGUGUGUUGGUAUUGCGGAUAGAUCUGCCUAUGAUUUGCGUGCUCAUUCAGAAAAAAGUGGUGUUGAUCUUGUGGCUCAUGAAAAAUUCUCAGAACCUAGAGAAGUGGAGAAAUUGGUUAUAGCUACAGUAAAGAAGGAACUGGGUCUUGCUUUCAGGGGUAAUCAAAAGAUGGUGGUUGAAGCUUUGGAGGCAAUGGAUGAAAAAGAAGCUUUGGAAAUGAAGGCCACUUUGGAGUCCAAAGGAGAGGCAGAGUUCAAUGUCUGCACACUUGGAAAAAAUGUAACUAUUAAGAAGAACAUGGUCACAAUUUCAAAGGAGAAAAAGAAAGAACACCAGAGGGUUUUCACCCCUUCAGUAAUAGAGCCAUCUUUUGGUAUUGGGCGGAUAAUUUAUUGUCUCUUUGAGCACUGUUUCUACACAAGACCAAGCAAAGCUGGGGAUGAACAGUUAAAUGUGUUCGCUUUCCCCCCUCUUGUGGCACCUAUCAAAUGCUCAGUUUUCCCAUUAAUUCAGGACAAAAAGUACGAUGCAGUUGCCAAACUCAUUUCCAAGUCAUUGACUGUUGCCGGUAUCUCGCAUAAGAUUGACAUUUCAGGGGCCACGAUUGGGAAACGAUAUGCAAGAACCGAUGAACUUGGUAUACCCUUUGCAAUCACCGUUGAUUCAACAUCAUCGGUUACAAUUCGGGAGAGGGACAGCAAGGAUCAAAUUCGUGUUAAUGUUAAAGAGGUAGUUUCAGUUGUGAAGGACGUAACCGAUGGACAGAGCUCCUGGGCAGAUGCGAAGGGGAGAUUCCCAGCCCAUUCUUCAGUGUCUGCAGAUGCUUAAAUCUCUUGCUAAAUCAAUAAACAGCACAAUAGAACCGUGUUGCAUCAAAAUAACACAGCAGCUCUAGAUCAGAACUGCUGAAUGAUAGAAAAUUUUAUUUAUUUUAUUUUAUUUUUCCUCUUUGUAAUUGGAUGAUUUAUUUUUCCAAGCUGGGAUUUUUCUGCAUUAAGCAGCCUAGCCAAAGGACAAACAUGAAUUUGGAAAUUUUAAAGGUGAAUUUUACAGGCUUAUGUUCUCAG